AGCCGCUGUGCAUGUGGGAAAUUUACCCACGUGGGAUGCUAGCUGGGCUAGCCAUAUUAGUUCGGGGUGAACGGCAUGUAUACAUAAAACGUUAGUGGUAUAAAACUAUACGUAUCAUCUGUUUUUCUACUAUACCCGAGCCUUAAUAGUAUUGUUCACGAUGUCAUCUUUCUUUAUAAAGAACAAGGCGAACGCAAAUGUCUCCAAAACAAACGAGAAAGUUGCUGCAUUGAAAAGGAAGGGUGAUGGAGAUCCCAAGAAUAAAGGACGAUCGAAGAAGUUAAAUUCAAGGUUGAAUGAAGAAAUAUCCAGCGAUUCUGAAACAGAAAGUCCUCAAGUCAGUCGGAAAAGGAGAGGUAAUGUGGAGGAAGAAAUUGAGGAGACUGCCCAAGAGAAGAAGCUCCGUUUGGCUAAACUGUACCUUGACCAGCUAAGGGAAGAAGAGGAAAAGAAGGCGGAGGAGUCUUUUGAGACAGAUUUGAUUGCUGGAAGACUGCAGGAAGAAGUGCUUGAACAGAAAGGAAAACUUCAGCGUUUGGUAGCAAAAGAGUACUUUCCACCUGAAGCUGCUGACCUGCGUCUGUUACGUGGCCACAAGCUUCCUGUCACCUGUCUGGUCAUCUCUCCUGAUGACAAGCACAUCUUCUCUGCUGCCAAGGACUGUGCCAUUAUCAAGUGGGAUGUAGAGACUGGAAAAAAAUUGCACACAAUCGCAGGAGGGAGGAAGGGAACAGAAGAUCGGCAUGUCGGUCAUACCACUCACAUCCUGUGCAUGGCCAUAUCAUCUGAUGGCAAAUACCUGGCCACUGGAGACAUGAAUAAACUGAUCAUGAUUUGGGAAGCAUCAACAUGUAAACACCUGUACAAGUUUACGGGGCACAGGGGACCGGUGUCGGGAUUGUCAUUUAGAAAAGGCACGCAUGACCUUUACAGUGCCUCACAUGACCGCUCCAUCAAGGUCUGGAACGUGGAUGAGAACGCCUAUGUUGAGACGCUGUUUGGCCAUCAGGACGUGAUCACAGGGCUGGACAGCCUGAGCAGGGAGCGCUGUGUUACCGCUGGGGGUCGGGACAGGACCGUGAGGGUGUGGAAGAUCGCAGAGGAGUCCCAGCUGGUGUUCCAUGGCCACGAGGGUUCCAUUGACUGCAUUCAGCUCAUAAACGAGGAGCACAUGAUAACAGGAGCGGAUGACGGAUCUCUGGCCCUGUGGAGCGUUAACCGGAAAAAACCGCUCAGCUCGGUGAAGAAGGCUCACGGUUGCCAUGGGGACCCGGGCCUGGAGCAGCCCCACUGGAUCUCGGCGGUGGCGGCGCUGCAGAACACAGACACCGUGGCUUCAGGUGCUUCCAGCUGUUCCCAUAAUUCCAUGGUACAGCUGUGGCGGUGUGGCGAGGGCUUCCGCGGUCUGCACCCCCUCUUCAGUGUCCCUGUGGCUGGUUUUGUGAACAGUCUCAAGUUCUCCAGCUCUGGAAGUUUCCUGGUGGCAGGUGUUGGGCAGGAGCACAGGCUUGGCAGAUGGUGGAGGAUCAAAGACGCUAAGAAUGGCCUUUAUAUAAUUCCCUUGAAGAAACGGGACUCGGACCAGGAGGCCACAAGCAGCGAAUAGUGGAUGUUGGAGUCUAACAUGCCUGAGUGCUUUUGUAAAUGAGUUUCUGGAGCAUCACAUGCUAAAUUUAUACUUUUUGUUGAUUAAAAUAUAUGAAUUCUCA